AGGGUCGGGGAGGGCACCUACGGCACUGUCUACCGCGCGUGGCGCGAGGACGGCUCUGAGAUCGCCAUCAAGGUGUGCAAGCAGCUCGGCCGCUCUUCGGGGGUCCCGCUCGCCGCCUACCGCGAGCUGCUCGCGCACCGCCGGCUGCGCACCCGCUGCUCGCCCUGCCUCGCGCAGCAGCUCGGCGCGUGGAUGGCGGGGGGCAAGGUCGAGAUCGGACUCGCGUACGUCGACACGACCCUCGAGGCGGCGCUCGCCGACCGCCCGGCCGAGCUGACGGCCCUCGCCGUCGCCCGCGUCACCGGGGCGGUCGCAGAGGCGCUCGGCUGCAUGCACCGAGAGUGGUUUGUGCACCGCGACGUCUCUCCCAACAACAUCCUCCUCUCGGCCGACCUCCGCGCCGCGCGGCUCGCCGACUUUGGGAUGGCGCGCCCCUUCCUCAACCCGCCCGCGCCGCUCUCGCGCGACGGCGAGGUGGUCAAGCUGGCCUACCGCGCGCCGGAACUGCUCGCCGCCGCGGCGCCGCAGCACGGCCCUCCGAUCGACCAGUGGGCGCUCGGCUGCGUGGUCGUCGAGAUGGCCACCCGCGCGCCCGCCUUUGCCGCU